AUGUCGGUCCCAAAACCCUCGCGGCCGCUAAGUGGGAACUGUGCGGCCAUUGACAGCAAUACUCUCUACUCGUACAGCCCGGACGCAUUUCAAUCGCUACCGCUGAAGGAAAACGCGACCUGGUCGAACGAGAGCAACGGCAAGUCGGUCAACAGCCCAGCGUGCGUGAAAGCUGGGGAUGGGCCGGAAGCCUCACUUUACGUGAUCGGAGGGGAUUCCGACUCGAAUGACUACCUGGGCCUUCAGAGAUACUCCUUCAGCAAUCAGUCAUGGGAGACGCUGACCCCUCCAGUUGAAGUGCUCAAAUCACGCACGAACCACAGCGUAGCGUACUUGGGGGACUCCCAAUCGAUACUGGUUUACGGCGGCUCCACACCAGAGGCACCAUCGCUUCUGUCGUCACAGACGUUCCUCAUAUCCACCGUCCCGCCGUACAACAUUCGCUCUUUCACUUCAAAGGCCCCUCCUACCAAUAGCGCUAUACUUCAGUCUUGGAACAGCAGCCAUGCGGUGAUGGUCGGCGGAGCCGAGACGAAUACAGACGUCUGGCUUUUUGGUCCUGAAGAUGGCUGGCACCCCUUCGGCACUAACUUGUCACAGCCCAUCAGCUCGGCAGCGAGAGCUGUCGUAGUUGAUGGAACGGAUGGCAGCAAAGUGCUACAGGUCUACAACGUCGAUGUCUCACCAAAUACUGCACAGGGCAUUGUGCUUCUGGGCUCGAACGGACGACCUGCACCGACUGGCCAAACACUGGGUGAUGAGUCUCCCUCAACUUCGUCCAAUAAGCGAAAGCGAGAGUUGUCCUUGGAGAAUUGGCCAUCGUACAACGCAACAAACGCACCGACAUCAACGCGGCCAGAUUGUUCCAUAUCAAGGACCGCAGAUGGUCUCGUUGUCAUGGCCGGCGGAAAUUCCGAAAAUCCAAUCAUCAUGUUCAAUCAGACGAAGAACUCAUGGGUCGACGCAAGCAAAUUUUUCAAUAGCAAGCAAGAGCAGCAGCCGCUCGUGCCAAGUUCGACCAGCAAUCCAACCUCAAUCCCAACUGAAACAGCAGAACCCUCUUCAACAACAGCGGCGGGAUCGGGUGGAUUAAGUGCUCAUGACAAGACGCUCCGAACACUUGGAAUCACGCUCGGAGUGCUCUGUGGUAUUGCUGCUCUGUUCAUACUAGUGUUGCUGUAUCUGAGAUGGAGGAAGAUGAAGGCGAAGAAGAAGAAUGGCGGCUACCUUGAGGAGAAGAACGGCGAUGGCGAUGCUAGUCGCAUGAGCUUCGCAGACCGGGGCGCGUCGUUCAUGAAAGAGGCUGGCGGCUCAGUCGAUGAUCUUGGACCACCCAAUCGAGACCGAUUCGGGGCUAACAACAACUCGCAUAGCUCGCUGGCCAUUAUCGCUGGUAAGAUUGGCAAUAAACGAUAUACAGGUGCCAACCAUGCGACCAAAGGCAGCUUCGAGAGCACAGCCCAUCUUGUUAAGGACAGGGAGGGCAAUCUCGUGCCGGGCGAGAAUCAUGAGAUGAUAGACAUCGGUGAUAAGCUCCCGUUGCAAAACGGAGACAACCUGACGGUCCCUGGUGCCGUUGCUCAUGGAUCAUCGCUCGACAAGGAGACCAGAGCGGAAAGGAAACGAAGCUCAGGCUGGUCCAAGUAUUUCGCGACAAGUCAGCCUACUGGGCCUAAUGGGCUUUCUCAUCUUCCUUCGGCCUAUGUGAAGCCCAGCACCGCGAGCGUCGCUUCCGAAUACUCGAGCGACCAGGUACCUUCGCCGGCAUCACGAAUACCGUCCUCUGCGCUGGUACCCCCGCUCGAUAUCGAUUUUAGUAAGACUGUCGACGGGCAGCGGCUAUCGCACGUGGCUCAGGGAUCACCUGCAUAUUUCGACUCACGGGAAGCAUUCGCACUGCGUGGCGGUAGCCUUGAUGUUGGCGAUGGUCAAAGGGGUGUCAUCGUCGACCCCGGGAAUCCUCGGAAGUCUCAGCCCGACAGCAUCAGCUCGUUUGGCAAUCGCUCUACCAUCAGUAGUUCCGUGGCAAGCGAAUACUAUAACGACUCGGCCCAUACCCCCUGGACUCCCAUGAGCGGCCACCGCGAUCACGAACGUGUGACCAGCAGCGUCUACACUAACAGCGUCGUCUACAGUCCCAAUGAUCGGGUCCCGUCUCGCGGAAAGUCGGCAGGCUUCUUUCCAGGUGCUGGCACAAUGUACAGACCGUCCAAGGUCAAACUAAGCCACAAUGCCGGUCCAACCUCCGAGUGGGCUUCUCCUCGAAUGCCCGCGGCGAGAGCAGAAGCACGCGAUAGUACCUCGUCCAGUGUCACCGUCUUCCCCUCCGCUAACGACUUUGAGACGACACCCAGCAAGGAAAUCAAAGCACAGCAACAAGCCGCGCCGGGUGCGCAAGAACCACGGCAGUCACGACCCCAAUCGCAACGGCGGUCACAAAGAAAAUCAGAACCUUACACCCAAGAUAUGAGCUGGCUGGAUCUGGGACUGAAUAAGAAUCAGUCAUGA